AUGGACCUGCAUAAACAACUGGAGAAUACUGAGAGAAACUGGACCAAAGAGAAGAUGGAACUGCUGGAGAGAUUUGACAGUGAAAGGAAGGAGUGGGAAAAUCAGUGGAAGGUCAUGCAGAAGAAAAUAGAAGAGCUUUACCAGGAGGUAAAACUAAGGCGGGAGAGCAAUAUGAAUGUCCGGGAUAAUAAGGCCAUUCAAAGCAAGAUGCUGCAGCUAUCUGUAUAUUCCCCUACUUCAGAACGGAGUGACACAGCAGAACUGAACUGUCGACACAACUUGGCAAAUGGCUGGAUGGAAGAAAAGAGUUUGCUCAGUAAAUCAGAACAAGAAUGUAAAGAAACUAGAACUCAGAGGAAAAACAAUGUUUUGUUAAGGAACAGUCUGGCCUGUGACAACCAGGAGAAAUAUGAAGACCUCAGCUUGAAAACUCCUAAGAAAGAUACCAGUAGCUAUGCUGGUGAUCUCAAUGCAGCUCUUAAAGAACUGGCGAAAGUUAGUGAAGAGUUAUGCAGCUAUCAAGAGGAAAUUCGAAAGAAGCCCAACCACAGAAGAAUGAAGUCACUUCCUUUUCUGGAAGAAUUUGAAGAAACCCAAAACACAGUUAUUAUGCCUGAGAUGAACCGCAUGUCCAGCAAUGAACCACAAACUUCUUCCCUCACCUUUGAAACAGAAGGACAAAAUAACAGGAAGAACUUGAUGAGUGCCAAUAGGGGUUUGAAAGAUUUGCCUUGUAGCUCUCUUACUGGUGAUAGAGGAAGAGACUUCAUGCCCUGGCCAAAAAAAGAAGCCCCCCCAGUUCCUCCACGGAGCACUUCUCGACAUCUGACAAGCUCACUUUCUGCAGCUGUACACGUCUCUGAAGUACCCGUAAAAGAUUCAGGCAGCAGAAGCAACUGUCAGGUUCAGGAGGGUAGGAAUGGAAGGAAAUGUAUUAAUCCUUCUCUUGCAAAACAGAAUGAAGCUCCAGUGGUACAUGCAAAUGAAGGGAAGUCUGUGAAAGGUGGUGCAGUGGUAACUGCUUCAGUACCUAUAGCCAAAAAAGAGAGAGUCUCUGAGUGCAGUGUAGCGGCAGGUUUUUGUCACAACACAUGGUCAUGUGAUGUGGGCAAGCUUGGAAAAGGUACUCAGAAUGGAGCUUCCCCAUUGUCUGCCCAGAAGAGCUGUUCAGAUGGAAAUAUGGUGCAAACAGAGAAUGUGCACAGGAGACAUUGCCCUAAAUCUCCUAAUGUUCUACAUUAUGGUAAUGACUCCUGUGACCCUGCAAUGCUGCCAAAGAAGACCCAAAGAAAUGAAAUGUUGGCAGCAAAGAUUGAUGAAUUUAACAGGACUGUAUUUCAUACAGAUAAAUGCAACAAAUCUUUGCAAGAAAAUCAGAAGCUUCAAACACCAACUGGAGAUCAUAAACACUGUGGCCCAGGGUGUGACUGUAUGGUUAACAGAACAGAAACUGUAAAUGCAUCUUAUGUUUCAAAUCCCAGACUCUCUGCAGCAAAGAAACAGGAUCCCUGCAAUCCAACCAAAACUGCCAGAACAACAGGGCAACAAAAGCAAAUAAAUGGACUUCUAAGCACCAGUGGCUACCGGCAUAUGCUUCAUGAGCAUGAUUGGAGACCAAUUAAUUUAUCUGGUCGCCCGCGUUCAGCUGACUCAAGGUCAAACUAUGGAGUUGUUGAAAAACUUUUGAAAAACUAUGAAAAAUCAACAGUGACUUCUUUGUAUAAUUCUAAAUGCUGCAAAGAUAAGUGGACACGGUCAGAUUCUGAGUUCACAGAUGGGAGUUGUGAGACAUUGAGUCAGUAUUUAGAAAUGCUCCAGAUAGAGCAAGGAAAGCAAGAGUUUCAGAGGAAUUCAGCCAGGUGUGUUGGGAAGCAAGUCAAACAAGGCAAAGAGAGACAGAAGUUACCAGAGAUAUCUGUGCCAGCUAAAUGUUCAACUGGGAAAGGCUUCUCCCGGCCAGCGCGACCAGCAAAUAGACGCUUACCUUCCAGGUGGGCAUCCAGAUCACCUUCAGCACCACCUGCUGUGAGAAUGACCACACACAGUUAUUCUCUCUCACCUCAGUCAGAGACGGCAGUAGUCUGA